CCUGAGCAUGAGGUUGGCGCUUCACGCCGCUCAAGCUUGGCCCGCAAUCCAGGAUCGACACCAUUCCCGUCAGGAUGCUGUUCGGUCUGCAAUUUCGACAAGAGAACAUUGCUGCAGCACAUUGAAAAGGCAUUGCAGUUUUCUUGCCAGGACGAAAUUCCAUGGGAGUCUCUCCUGAGUGGUCAUGCUAUCUCAUCCAGCCGUCAGAAAACCGCAGCCAUGUUGAAAAUAGGUCUUUGGGCCCUCUGAGACUAUGCUAUGGGCAUGAAGAUUUCGGAAGAUGGAGAAAUGGUGACAGAGGCUUCAGGAGUCACAGGACGAUCAGUGGAUUCUUGGAACGUCAGACCGACAACUGACGGUAUCUCUGUCUUCAGUUAUGGGUCCUGUCACCUGAACGAACAGAGCCCUCUAAGCCGCAAGGUGGGACACAAUCGUAUACGUGCCUCAAUACGGGACUCAACUGGACACGGCGCGCAUCGCCGGCCCCGGAAGGCUUGGACUAGCUAUGAAGAACAGCGUCUGAAAGCUUGUGUCCGGGCAAAGCAGGACUGGUCUGAGAUCGCGACACGCUUGAACCGGACCUCAGGCGCCGUUGAGCAACAUUGGCGGUUGAUGAUCAUCCACGAGCGCAAGGCGAGCCCUAGGAAGUACAGAUUUAGAAGGGCUUCGGAUUGACUUCAUGCAGAAUAUUGGAUUAGUUC